AUGACCAGAUUAGCCGUGACACUCGUAGUAUGCGUCAUUGCAGCGUAUGCUAUUGUCAAACAAGAUACAGUUUCAGGAAACCCUACUGGUCAUGGUGGUAACGGUUUCCAGGAGCUUCCUCCUGCAGAAUUAGACCCAGAUGAUGAGGCAACUGUGUUGAAAAGAUCAGCAGAAAAACUGCAUUCUAUUCCUAAAAGAGUUUCAGGAACCCCUACAGGUGAUGUUGAUGAGCCUCCGCCUGCAGAACUAGCCCCGGAAGAAAAUACAACAUUGUCAAAACGAUCAGCAGAAACAUUACAUUCUAUUGUUAAACGAGGCAAGAAAACUGUUCCAGAUGUGGGAUGCGAACAUCCAGGUGAGCUGCGGUAUGGGUCCCAGACUUCGGGGCAGGAACAAGGUCAAGUUCCUACAGGUGAAAAACUGACAUUCAAAUGCAAUGAUGAUUUCACAAUGUACGGAGCCGAGUCUAUCGAAUGCAAUUACCACAGCAAAUUGGGAAACUACUGGAGUUUCUAUAAACCACUCUGUUCGAAGAUGUAUGACUACAACGUAGUACUUCGGUUAUCUGACAAGUUUUACGAAGCCCAACGUUCCGGCAAAUUACCCGAGGACGGAAAUCGUAUUAAAUGGCGCAGUGAUUCCGCAUUAGCAGACGGAUCCCUCAGUAACAAAGACUUAACAGGAGGCUGGUACGAUGCCGGCGACCACGUCAAAUUCAAUCUACCUAUGGCAUCCGCCACUACAUUAUUGGGAUGGGGAUUUAUUGAAUUCUUCGAUGCCUACAAGAAUGCCGGUGAAGUUGGGCGUCUACUGGACAACAUCCGUUGGUCAUGUGAAUAUUUUAUAAAGACAUUGGAUGAUGACCCAGACAUAACAAAAGUCAAAGUUUACUACCAGGUAGGAGACCCCAUAAAAGACCACGAGUUCUGGGGUCGAGCAGAAGAUAUGCCUGAAAAUAACCGUGAUGUCUACACGUGCACUUGUGACAAUCCGUGCUCGGACGUAGCAGGAGAAACAUCUUCCGCUUUAAGUGUGUGUUCAAUGGCUUUCAACAUGACAACUCAAUAUCAAGAUACGGUCUUUGCCAGGAAAGCACUGGACGCUGCUUUCCGCCUUUACGAAUUCGCAAAACACGAGGACUGCAGGGGAGUCUACCGACAGAGCGGGUUCUACAGUUCAAGAAGUUUUUGGGACGAGAUUGUCGAAGCGUCAAUGUUCCUAUACUAUGCUACAAAACAGAGCGAGUUCCUGUCCGAUGCUCACGCAGGAGAAGGUCUGAUGGAGGACGUCGUAGAGCACCUUGUUAGAAAUGGUGGUGAAAACACUGAAACUUAUGUGCCAUUGUAUGAUCUCGAAGCACAGGAAGAGAUCUUUAUUGAUGAAGCAACCGACGAAUUUGACGACAAUACAGGAGCCCUGCAGGCUGUUGCAGCAUCACUGAGCUGGGGAGACAAACGCCCUGCUGUUCAUCUACUGUUAUAUAAAUUCCUUUCGCUGAAGGCAGACGCUGACAGUAAUGAGAAGAGCACAAUGAAAAAGGCAAUGGGAAAAAUUGUAACUUACUUAGACACGUGGAUGCACAGAGUCCCUUAUGUACCAGGUGGUCUUCGUAUAAGAGACAUACCAUAUGGUGAUUGGGGCUCAAACAGAUAUGCAGCUAACACUGCAUUCGUUGCGAUAAUGGCUGCCCACUACAACAUGAAGAUGCCGAAGAAUGGAAGGCCCUAUUCAUUUUAUGAAUGGAGACGCUUUGCUACCGAGCAAAUCCACUAUAUGCUGGGCGACCAUGGACAGUGCUAUGUUGUUGGUUUUGCUGAUGGUUGCUGUGAACGUCCACAUCAUAGAGACAGCUCCUGUCCGACUGAAGGAUCUUGUGGUUUCGGUUUCCUCACCACGUCCGAUCCAAAUCCACAUGUAUUGGAAGGAGCAUUGUGUGGGGGACCAGACAAAGAUGGCGGUUACUUUGACAACCGGGAGGACUACUUCCAUAACGAGGUUACCUGUGACUUCAAUGCAGGCUUCCAGAGUGCAGUCGCAGGUUUGAGUGUUCUGAAAUCGGAGGGCAAAUUACCAUAUCUAGAAUUAUCAUGA